AUGCGUGUUUUCCUCUUCCAGACUGCGAAGGGCCUCUCAAGCUCAUCUGGUGGUUACAAAGUGAACCAGUCAUUAUUAAAGUAUCUGGCUCAUCGUAAACAUACUGCAGCGCAACUUUGCUAUGUGUGGGACAGCGACAUCGAGGCCUACUGUGACGAAAUGAUUGCAAUUGGCCGCAAACCGGACCUCGAAACUCGGGUUGUAUCGAUGCCAGUGGAUGAAGGUUCUGAGGUCCACUUAAGGACUUACACAUUCACCGAUGAUGAUGGAGUAAAGAAUAUUGCUAUCAAUGCUUCCGACUUCAGCGAAGCUCUUCCUGACAAAGUUUUGGCCCGCGACACUGCCAGAUUAAUCGAGGAAGAUCAAGCCAGCGUUCGAAUCCAAGUGUUUCUUCUCUUCUUGGACAUGCACAUAUGCCGCUUCGAACCAACACAUGUCUUAUUCAACGAUGGCUUGAUGUUGAAGGCAACGUCAAUAAUGCCCUCCCUUCGCGACGUAUCACGAAUCUUGAUUGCGCAUACAGCUGAGCAGCUUCCUUUCGGGCCUUUCGCCGGUGGCAUCCCAGGCUCGUCAUACUCCGUCGGUGAACACAAGUUAAUGCAAGGAGUCGAUGGUAUUUGGUCUGUAUCCGAAGCCAUCAAAAGCUACGCGCAGAAAUACGGGCAAAUUGAAACCACGUUCCAUGUUCAUCAUCCGUGGACCUACCUUGACAGAAAGACACAUGGGUUGCCAACUAGAAGGGAGAACUGGGGCAAAGCGGCGAUCGGAUUUGUAAACCCUUGUGCUGUGAAGGGUUAUUCGAUAUUCCACGACUUGGCUAAACGCUGUCCAGAAUUCAAAUUCGUGGCGUUGUCUAGCUGGGGCACCGAUCCCAAGGUGGAGGAAGAGCUGCGACAGUUAGUAAACGUUGACCUUCGCCCAACCACUGGUAAUAUGGAGAAAAUAUGGUCUGAGAUAAAGUUGCUACUUGUACCAUCGCUUUGGCUCGAAGCUUGGGGUAUAGUUGUGGUAGAGGCACAACUAAGGGGCAUUCCUGUGAUAUCGUCGGACGCAGGAGCAAUUCCGGAGGCCAAACUUCAAGUUCCAGACAUUAUACACGUCAAUUCAAUCACAGGUGAGAGAACUGCGGGAGGCGAAUACGUCAUUCCGGAGCAAGAUAUUGAGCCAUGGAAAGCGGCGUUGACGAAGCUAAUGAUGGAUAAGAAUUGGUAUGAAGAGCUUUCUGAGAGAGCAAGGACUCAGACAGUUUCAUGGCUGACCAAAAUCGAUGAAAACGCUUUGGAAAGCUGGUUAUUGAAAUUAGCAAAACCAAAUAAGAAAUGA